AUGGCAGAGGCAUCUUCAGAAACUCUGGAUGCUUCCCCUCACGAUUUGUCGACUGACUCAGAGACCUCCUCCAGCCAUCCUUUGUGUGAUGACACAGGUCAGAGAGACUCGGACUUAUGGGCUAUUAUUGAGGAAAGUGCUUUUCAGAUGCUGGCUCAGCGCUUCUUGAUAAAGAGGCCGCCUCACACCCUCUGUGCUUCAGAGCCAGAUGAAGACAGUAAUUUAUUCUCCAUGACCUUUCCCAGAAAGCUUUGGAAGAUAGUGGGAAGUGACAAAUUUAAGUCUAUUUGGUGGGAUGAAGCUGGGACUUACAUAGUCAUCAACGAAGAACUCUUUAAAAAGGAAGUCUUGGAAAGAAAGGCCCCCUUCCGGAUAUUUGAAACUGAUAGCAUGAAAAGUUUGGUUCGACAGCUGAACCUGUACGGAUUUAGGAAAAUGAGACAGAAUUUCCAGAGAUCUGCUUCUCUCCCUGACUUCCUGGCUGAAGAGAAAGGAGUCUCUGCCUCGUGUAAGUUACAGUUCUACCAGAAUCCAAACUUUCUGCGUGACUGCCCCCACCUUAUGGAAAGAAUGAAAAGGAGAAUCGGGAUAAAGACUGUAUCCCGUGGGGCUGCUCCGGCACUGCCAGAUUUCAAGAACAAACACUUCAGUCCAGACUUGGACAACAUGGAUGACCACAGUCUGGGUGUAGCUGUCCAAACCAGUGAAAGGAAACAAUUGUCCGGUCCUAGCAUUUCAAAUGUGUAUCUGAGACAGAAGCCUUCUACUUCCCAUGGAGGUUCUGAUACAAUGGACGGGAUCAGAAGGGACUUUUCUCUUGCAACAUCGAGCUCCUUUAGAACACCUGAAGAAAUUCUAACACGUCGCCCUGCUCCCUUAAAUGAGGUGUCCCCUCUCCAUGUGGACCCACAGAGAAUCUACACCCAGGCAAACGACAACACUGUGAAUUUCAUUAUAACCUCUAUUGCUCAGAACCACAGGAAUGCGUCUCAUUUGUGGAACAGUUGUCUUGAAAUGCAGGCAGAGCCUUCUCCUUUUCAACCUGGGUAUCCUCAUUUUUCAUCCAGUUCAUCUACGUACUCUGACUCAAAACAGAUUGGUGAACCCAAGUUGCCAAUAUACAAGGAAAGGGUAGCGCCUGCUACCUUGGCAUCCACAUUGAAUCAUCACCCAUCGCCAUGA